AUGGGGUUUAAACAAGUUAAGGAAUUUGUUUACCUUGGCAUUAAGAUGGCUUUGAGAAGAAUGGUGGCUAGUGAUUUUUAUUUCAUCAUUGAGAAAGCACUUAGAUUCCUUAAUACUUGGGGAACAAAGUCUUUAUCCUUAGCAGGGAAUAUAAUACUUAUCAAGACAGUUAUCCUAGCCAUUCCAAACUAUUUCAGCUCUCAUUCUUUGGUGCCAGUUCAAAAUGGAGGCUGUGGAUUAUUUUCUUCAACAACAAGGGUGGCUCCUCUUAGAGCUAGACUAUCUUGGAGAUUCCUAAAUAAUAAGGAGUCUUUAUUACAUAGAACUUUGGCUCCCAAGUAUGGCACAAGAUUUGGAAAUUCCGGAAUUAAGAAAUUUUCUUCCUCUUGGAAAAUUUUAUGCAAUGGAGGCAAAGUGUUGGAUCCUUUUAUCAUAUGGAAAGUAGCUAAUGGAAAUUCAAUCAAUGUAUACAAGGAUAAGUGGAUACUUGAUAGAAGAAUUAAUGAGUGGCCUACGUUUGUAAUUCCUCAAGGUGAUAGAGAGAUUUUUCUGAAUAGAUUCAUUGAAGAUGGAAUCUGGAAUGAGGAUAACUUGAAGCAGAAUUUUGGAAAAGAUAUGGUAGAUCUCAUUCUUAAGAUCAAAAUUGAUCCUAACCAGGAUGAAGAUGUCAGAGAACUUAUUUAUCAAGGUCCUGGGAGGUCUAUUCCUGGGAUGAUCAGUGGAUUUCAGCAGCAAGAUGAGGAUUGGGAACCUUAUUACUGGAUAAAAAAGGCAAAAGUUAUUCCACGGGUGCAAACAUUCAUUUGGAGGUUACUCAAAAAUGCAUUACCAACGUUCCAAUUUCUGGCUCAUAGGAGGUUGCAAGAGAAUGAGAUUUGCCCAAGGUGCUCUUUCGGGAUUGAAGAUAUGGAACACAUUUUUGGUGGCUACAUAAAAAUCAAGGAGGUGAUCACUAAUAUGAACAAGUGGGGCUUUGGAUUGCCUGAAUUCAAUAACUUCCAAGGAUGCUAUAGGUGGAUACACAAUAUCAUUAAGAAUGAAGGUAUGAUUCUAAAUCUAUUCUUCAACGUUGUGUAUUGUUCAUGGAAAGCUAGAAAUAAAUUGGUUCAUGAAGACAUUAAUGAGAGUGUUACUUCUAUUGCUGUUCAAGCAAUCAGCCAAUCUUCGUACUCUAAUUUGAUUUAUAAUCAAAUUUCGGAAUCAUGGGAUGUUAAUCAGUCAUCUAGACUGUUGAAUGCUUGGCAUCCCCCUCCACCCGAGCAGGAGUUGGAGGUAUUAUCAGAGAUUGAAAAGGGAGAUUCUUAUUGGCUUUUGGGAAUUCCUGUAUCCAUUGGGACAUAUACCAAUUGGAAUUUAUGGCUAUCAAAACUUUGA